AUGUCACCCAUGCUUUGGAGCGCGAUACUUGGAGCUCUGUUGCUAUUUGUGAUCAAAUGGUCCAUGAAAGAGAGGAGAAAUACCAGACCACUGCCCCCAGGCCCUCCAGGAAAGCCCAUCAUUGGAAAUGUAUCGGACCUACCGGUGACAGGAACCCAGGAUUGGGUCCACUGGCUAAAGCACAAGCAACUUUACGGUCCAAUCAGCUCAAUCACAGUCAUGGGCCAGACAAUACUCCUGGGGAAACGUUCGGCCAAGCAUUCUUCGCGCCCAAAUUUAGUCUUCGCAUCAGAGAUGGUUGGGUGGGAGCACAUACUGGCAAUGCAGACAUACUCUGAUCGCUUCCGCGCUUAUAGGAAAGCAAUACAGCCAUAUCUGGGAUCAGAGCAAGCGGUGGCCCAGUAUAACACACUACAAGAAAUUGAAUCCCACAGAUUUCUGUUUCGUGUGCUGCAAGACAAAACAAAACUUGCCGAGCAUAUUCAAACUGAAGCUGGCGCUGUUAUUCUGAAGAUUGCAUAUGGUUAUACGAUUGAGCCACACAAGCGUGAUCGCCUUAUCCACAUUGCGAACCUAGCCCUAGAGCACUUCUCCAUCGCCGGAACACCAGGUGCCUGGCUAGUGGACAUGAUUCCCGCCCUGAAAUUCGUUCCAGCCUGGUUCCCAGGAGCUAGUUUCAAGCGGAAGGCGCACGAUUGGAAGAGAAAUCUGGAAGAUGUUGCAGAUAUACCGUAUACCUUUGUGAAAGAGAAAAUGAUCAGCGGAAAAUUCGAGACUUCAUAUCUCUCUGAUCUUUUUAAAGAAAACGGGUGUCCGAAAUCUGGAACUGAGGAGGAGAUAGUUGCGAAAUGGACAUCGGCAUCACUUUAUACGGGUGGAGCUGACACGACUGUUUGUGCUAUUGAAACCUUUUUCCUAGCUAUGACAUUUUUCCCGGAGGUACAACGCAAAGCGCAACAAGAGAUCGAUCAAGCUUUGGGAACUUGCCAGCUGCCGAAAAUGGCCGAUCGCUCUCGGCUUCCUUACGUCAAUGCGGUGGUAAAGGAGGUGCUUCGGUGGCAUCCAGUUGCGCCAAUGGGUAUUCCACAUAUGUCGAUCGAAGAUGAUACCUGGGGCGAAUUUCACAUCCCGAAAGGAUCUCUGAUCAUGCCCAACAUCUGGGCUUUUACCCACGACCCGGAGACUUACCAUGACCCGAUGUCAUUCAAUCCAGAGCGCUUCAUCACCUCGGAUGAUAGGGCCUCUGAAAUGGAUCCACGCGGCAUGGCCUUCGGAUUUGGGCGGCGUGUAUGCCCCGGUCGCUUCCUCGCCGACAACACGUUGUACCUGAGCAUUGCGCAAUCACUGGCGGUCUUUAAUGUCGAAAGCGCCAAUGGCGACGCUGAUAUCGACAUCGGCCCGAAAUUCCUGCCUGGCGUGAUAAGUCAUCCUGCUCCAUGGAAAUUCAACAUCGCGCCCCGUUCAGCCGAGCACGAGGCCUUGAUCAACGCAGUUGAGAAAGAACAUCCGUGGCAGAAGAGCGAUGCCUCGGAUUUGCGGAGCGGACCAUGA